UUUUAUUGUGAAAUGCGGAAGUAGACCGUUGGCUUCAGGAAACCAGUUGGAGGAAAAAAAAGAUUUUCCUCCUGCUGGAAAAAACUGCUCCACACUGAGUCCAACAAAGACCGAAGAAGCUAAAAAACCUGUAGCUAAUGGACCGUUGGAAAACGGCCCAAAUCCUCGGUCGAUAGGACGCGCGGUUGCCGAGUCGUCGGGCCGGUCCGGAACCAGAACCAGGCCCCAGACCCCGGACGUAAGCGGCGCUGCGCUACAGGAGGGCUGAUGUUUGGGUGAGGGGAAAUGGCAUGCCGUCGCUAGAGGAGGUUAAACGCGGAUCACCGUGGUUUGCUGUCUGUAGGUAGGCGGCGAGUUCUCCAGCGAGUCGAGGCCGACUUGUGGUGCGUCGGAUCGGCUGUGAAGGCUCGAAGCCCCGGGAUGGCUCAGCUGGAAGUCAGCCAGACAGGAGCUAGCUUCACCGUGAGCUAACGUCGGAGUUGCCCGACAUCAACUUUUUAGUCGCUCGCAGGCCCGACAGAAAAAGACAGAGACACAAGCCAUGAGCGUCGGAGCGGGGUUUGCGUGAGCCGGGCGUGUGUUUUUUUUAUUUCGCUUUACUCGUCAGCAGUUUCUUCGGGCCCGCUCGGCGUGUAUGGAGGGAGUGUAGGUAGCCGCGCCGUUUAGCCCGCCUCCACCGCCCCAAUGAAAGAAUACAAAGUUGUCGUGCUGGGCAGCGGCGGCGUCGGCAAGUCCGCGCUCACCGUGCAGUUCGUCACCGGCACCUUCAUCGAGAAGUACGACCCCACCAUCGAGGACUUCUACCGGAAGGAGAUCGAGGUGGACUCGUCGCCCUCCGUGCUGGAGAUCCUGGACACGGCGGGGACGGAGCAGUUCGCCUCCAUGAGGGACCUGUACAUUAAGAACGGCCAGGGCUUCAUCCUGGUCUACAGCCUGGUCAACCAGCAGUCCUUCCAGGAUAUCCGGCCGAUGCGAGACCAAAUCGUGCGAGUUAAGCGCUUCGAGAAGGUGCCGCUGAUCCUGGUCGGCAACAAAGUGGACCUGGAGUCCGAGCGCGAGGUCGCCGGCUCAGACGGGCGCGCCCUGGCCCAGGAGUGGGGCUGCCCCUUCAUCGAGACCUCCGCCAAGAGCAAGACGAUGGUGGACGAGCUGUUCGCGGAGAUCGUCCGGCAGAUGAACUACUCCACGCUGCCGGAGAAGCAGGAGCAGUGCUGCACGGCCUGCGUGGUGCAGUGAGGAAGAGGCGUUUUCGCAGCACCCGAGGAUAACCUGACGUCGACUAAAACUGACCGCACCGGGGUAACCGUUCUGUCACAGAGACAGAAGAGACCUAUUUUUGAUAAGUGUUGGAAGAUGCUUCUGCUGCAACCUCAACGGCCUUCGUGACGAGCCUGAAAGCUGCCGUACGAACUGACUCAGCAGAGCGGCCCUCUGUGAAUUUCUGUCUUAUUAUUAUUAUUUUUAAUAUUUUUUUCUUUUGUCCUUUAUAGAUGGAGGUUUUCCUGACAUACUAAGCAGAAGUGUUUUGUGAGGUUGCAGCAUCUUUUUAAAGCUGCUUUAAUCACUAUUAUAUUCUUUAAUAUUGUGUCAUGUCUAAGAUUUGGGAUUUGAUAAAAGUAUUUCAUUAUAAUGGAACAUUUAGAUUUUUAAGCAUGCAUACUAAAACCGGUGUGCUGAUCAUCUUCUUUCAGAACUUUCUAAAACCUCAGCGACGUGUGUCCUUUUUGGUCUUUUAGAGCCUUCUAAAAAUUAGACAAAAGUCUCGUUACGGCUGAGUGUCGUCGUCUGUGUGGCCUAAAGCAGCUGGAAAACGGCUCCAAAGUGAAAAUGUAAAAGUGAGCCAUUAUUUUUCUGCUUCUAGCCUGAACUCUGUGUUUAAAAGACGAGGCUCGCCCCGGACCCAGGUCUUCCGUUUUCACUCCUUACAUUUUAUUUUUCUCCUUCACGUUUUUUUUUUUCGGGAACAACCAAAUUCGGCCGACACUCCGAGAAGAGAACCGUGUCGCUUUAACUUGGGGACUCGCUGAUUUCCUGUUACCCGUAACUCCUGCUGCCGUGUGGUCCGGUGAAGGUUCUGGCUUCAGUUCCUCCUGUUUUAACUUUUGUAUUUUCUUUUUAUUAUAGUAACAUAUUUAUUAAAACAUGACAUGGGUAGCCAGUUUAAAGCUUAAUUUUAUACUAGCUUCUGCUUUGUUUCUGAGUUUUCAGGAUCCUUUUUUUUUUUUGGUUUUUAAGCAGAGAAUUUAACAGAGCCUUAAAUUCCCCCCUCGCACCCUGUUGUCAUUUGUCUUUUUUUUCUCUUGAGGAUAAACUGUAAUUAUUUGAAAAUAAACAUGCUGGAACUUCUGUUUUUGUGAUGACACACAGAUAAAGUAUUAUCUUUAAAUGAGA